CGAAUGCAAGUUUUCGUCUUUUUCAUUUUCAUUUUCAAAAACACCCGGCCUGGAGCUUACUAUAUUACCAUGCCGAAGUCACGUGAAGGAUAUAUUUGGACUGACGGCAAACUCAUCACUGGCCUCGACACGCAGGCAGUGGUCCCGAGCAGCACAGUGAAUAAUCUCAAGUCAGAUGAUUACGAUGUGAUCGUCAUCGGGGCGGGAUUCGCUGGCCUACGAGCUGCGCGGGAGCUCGCAAGCCAUCACUCUGGAUUGCGCGUUUUGAUCGUCGAGGGACGAGACCGCAUUGGCGGUCGAACAUGGACGGCACAGGCGUUGGGAGAGGACUUUGAAAUGGGUGGGACCUGGGUCCACUGGGCUCAGCCACAUGUCUACACCGAGCUACAUCGAUACGGCCUACACAAGAAUCUAAAGACGUCGGCCGGCACUCUCGCGGCACAGAAAACGUAUUACAAGCAAUCGGAAAGCGGCCUUGUGGAAGAGAUGGAUGGGGCCGCGCUGGCACAAAUCACCCAAGACGUGGCUGAGAAAUUCUUCACCAUCGACGGGCUGUCCAGUCGAGACCUGAUGCCGUACCCUCAUGAUCCGUUCCGAGAGCCGGCACUUUGGAAGAAGUAUGACCAUCUCACGGUACGGCAGCGCCUCGAUCAACUUGAAGACAUUCCCGGGAUUCACAAGGGCUAUUUCGAGAGUAAUGUCAAUACAUUUGGCAGCGCACGCAGUUCAGAGAUCGGAUUCACGGAAGCCCUCCGCUGGUACGCCUUGGGUGGUCACAACAUGACCCAGGUGUUCGAGCUGGCAGGGAUCUACAAACUUGGCAAGGGUGGCAUGACCUCAUUCUCACGUUCUGUGCUCCAGGAAUUUCGGGGCGAUAUCCUCUUUGAUACCAUAGUCACCGAGAUUAUACAGGACGAUGCUUCUGGUGUGGUGGUGAUCAAGACCAAUGAUGGUAAAUGCUCAUUCAAGGCCAAGGCAGCUAUCUGCACCAUCCCACUAAAUUGUCUCGGCGACAUCAAGUUCUGGCCGCCACUUGGUCCAUUGAAACGCGAAGCAAUCGCAAAGGGACAUAUAAACCGAGGCGCCAAAAUCCACUUCAAACUUGCGUCCACCGAGCCAGGGUGGUUUGCGGCGUGCGAUGGUUCCGCUCCCUCGUCUUUCUGCUUUUCUUUGUCUGACCACAAUGGCACCACCAACCCGUCAUCCGGACCAAAUGGUACUUACUGUAUCGGAUUUGGAUACAACAACUGUCUGACGGAUCCGCGAGACAGCAAGAAUAUCAUCGAAGACUUCAGAAAGGACGUGCGACCUGACGCCACGGUGGAAGCAUAUCUUACGCAUGACUGGGCGAAUGACCCCCUGGCCAAAGGUGAAUGGUGUUGUUGGGGGAGUGAUUGUAUGUCAAAGUAUCUUCAGGAACUGCAGAAAGACCAUGGAAACGUCUUUUUUGCUAGUGCUGAUUGGGCUGAUGGGUGGCGAGGGUUCAUUGAUGGUGCACUCGAGAGCGGGCUGAAGACGGCAUUGCGCGUGGCAGAGAGGCUUCAGAAGAAUCCUGCUCCAAGAUUGUAACUCUGUGAAUCCAGUGUCUUCGAUGACUGCUGGAGGGGCGCGUUCAGGACAUCAUUGAACGUCAUAUUGACAGCACAUUCGCUUCGGAGACACUUCCUUUGCCUUCAGAGCAUCUUGACCUGUCUUAACUUUUGGUUUUGGACGACAAAUCGAAUCUUUUCUCGUGAGAAGCCUCUCGUCCUUUUUGUGAACUUCUGGGUUAGAUUUUACUGUGAAGUGAGGCACUAUUCGGAAGCGUCCAAAACGUCCAAGGAUUCAGAAGUGCGACCGGAUCGUCUGGCUUUAGGUGAACUGGUGGCCAAGGGUUGUGCCGGAGCAGGUCUCGACCGUUUGAUCCUUCUGACCUCAUUACGAGCCAACUCAUCUUCAGAAGUGUCGGAGGCGUCAAUUAGGUUAGUUGACCAGGAUGUACUGCUGUCCAAGAUCUCGGUUGCGCACUUUUUAGGCGGCGGCCGACGAGCAGUCUCAUUUGCUUGAUCGAUGGCAUCAGUAAGGAAGCUCUUUGCCUGAUCUCGGCAGUUUCGGUAGGCAGCAGCACCUUCCCGGAAAGUCUUCACGUUUCCCGUCAUUCCAUAUGAAUUUAUUUGCGUCAUAUGAUAUUCGGACUGCCCUCCUGGGUCGGCAGCUCGGCUGACAUGGGUCGCGUACAAUUGGAGCGUUCCGGUUCCGGCAUGAUAUGUACUACUAAAACUCUGCGCCUUGUUGUCGUACACUGACUCAUCUUCACCAAAGUUCUGAAGUUUAUGCAUGGCCCGAGCCCCAACGGCCCCGUCAUACAUCGCUUGGUUUCGGGCCUCAUAGGCGUUUCCGGACUUGCUCUUGCCCUCAAGAAAGAAAUUGGGGGCUGCAGGACGGCUGGUGGUGGAGGAGGGAAUGAUGUACUUCUCAAGGUCGGCUCGUACACGUUGGUCAAUACGAGAAGGUUGUGCGCCGUAGUACAAAUCAGGUUUAGCAUCGCUCACCUCCUUUACCAGCGGCUCGAGAUUGGUCAAGGGAAGAUCAGCUUCGAAAGGUGAUCCUUUUCAUUUCCAGCAAUGAGCGGAUGGACCCUAUACAGGCCGGUAGCUUCGCCGGACGCCCGUGCAUUUGCUCUUUUAAAUGCCUUGAAAUCGUCAUCAAUGAACCGCGACGGAGAGAGGGAUGCUCGAUAAGUAGUGAGCUCAUGCUGAAUGUCUUCCAAAUUUGCAGGUUCAACCGGUUCUCUUCCAUCCGGGUGUUCAUAUUCAGGAGGGUAUAUACCAUUGUCAAGCAUCUUUUGCUCAAAAUUCCUACUCUUGGUUGUCGUGUUUGUGGUUCGAGUCGAUUUGCUUCUCUUCGACGAGUUGGAGGAUCGUUUCCGG